CAUCUGUACAUGGCACCCAAGCAGCCCUGCGCAAAAUACGAAUACGUUCUCACUUCGCAAGGUCCCAAGAUCCUCCCGGUCGCCGAAGCACACUCACGGGACGAAGAAUCCCCUGCUGACUACAACCAGGGGGGCUAUCUGCAAGUGAAAGUACGCGACACCUUCAAGGACGGCAGGUACACUGUAGUCCGUAAACUUGGAUGGGGCCAUUUCUCCACUGUCUGGCUGGUCAAGGACCAUCAAAAGUAUCCCAUAACUACCGGCCGCACGGUUCGCACUCGCACGGACGAACGUGCAAGUGCAAAUGACGUUUUCUGCGCGUCGAACGAGGCAGACGUGGCACCCGGGGGCGACGGGCGACCACGCGUAACACGCUGCACGUCGUCAGACGCCCCGUUGGUGCCCUCCGCCUCAGCUCCGAAUGGCUGCCGGGCCUGAGUUCCUGGUCAGGCUGCUAAUUCCAGGAACAGCCCCAGCAGACCGUUCGGAAGGUCGAAUCGAUAGCCGAGCUGCCAUGAGGCCAUAAGCCCCGGGUCAGAGAAGUGCAGGAUUUACUCACAUCUUUUCGUCUUCUAGGGAAAAUAGUCAUUCAGCUUUGAAGGUCGUUAAAUCCGCUGGACGUUAUGCCGAGACGGCUCGCGAUGAGAUCAAGCUUCUACGGCAGGUCAUGGCGGCCAACCCGUCUCAUAUCGGUCGCAAUCACAUCGUCUCAUUCUUGGACUCUUUCACGCACGCACCAUCCAUUCAGCAGUGUGGAUCCAUCUCCUCUGCAUCCGCUAUGAAUCCCGACGUUCACAUAUGCAUUGUGUUCGAACCUCUUGGCGAGAACCUCCUGGCACUCAUCGAGCGGCACAAGCAAACCGGCGUACCUACACCCCUUGUGAAAAUUAUCGCUAAGCAGGUCCUACUUGGCUUGCAGUACUUGCACGACGAGUGCGAACUUGUACACACUGAUAUCAAGCCUGAGAACAUUAUGAUUUCUAUACCCAACGUGGAAGGACACAUUCAGACACAACUUUGCACUUCUCCUCCGCCUACAUCACGCAAGGUUGGCGUCCCGCCGAAACCCGCGCCGCGUUCUGGCAUCCAGAUCCCGAAGCGCACGAACACGCUCUCAGUAAACACCAAGCAAGCACGACAGGUGCAAAUCUUCGACAGUCAGCCGCUUGUUAGCCCAAGCGCCAGCUCUUCGUGGAGCUCGCGGGGCUUGCUCCAGAGCCUUACCAAGCUUAAGGAAGCGUCGUCUGCCAGCAGAAGUGUGAACGGUAGCUCGGUGAGCUUACCGGUCGCGGGCAAGUCGAAAGCAGUUGAUGUGGAGGCGGACGCACACGCGAAGCGGGGGAGCGGCGAGUCGGACAUGUCGGACAUCUCUAGCGGACCGUCGAGCAUGGCGGUAUCGUGCGGCGUUAAUGCAAGCGUCGACACGCCGCCGUCGUCUGUCGGUAGCCUCGCCGGCACGCUAGAGAAGAUGGCGUUGAGCUCGAUGGAUGGGAAGGGGAAGGUGGUGGCGACGAAGGUUGAGAAGGAGAUCCAAGAGGCGACGUGCACUUGUAUCUUUGACUGGAAUGCGGCCGAGGCGGAGGGUAGUAUGCCUAAGAGUAGAUUAAGCGCACCUUCUGGUCCCUCCCUUCUCUCCCGAACCGCUCCUCCUGACCUGCAUCGUCACAAACCUCAUUGUUCCACGCAUUCCAAAUCUCCUACCGAUCCGUCCGCGCCUCUCCCUGAUGCAGAUUCGCUCACUCGUUCGUUGUCCUCGUCUUCGUCUCCCUCGACUGUAUCACCUUCGAUAUCAUCCACGUCGUCUCCUACGCCUUCUGCGAAUGCGUCUGCGCUGCCGGUCCAUGUAAAGAUCGCAGACCUAGGCAACGCGACGCCCAUCCGGAAGCACUACACCGAGGACAUCCAGACACGACAGUACCGCUCUCCCGAGGCAAUCACGGGGCGCAGCGACUGGGGCGACACGGCCGACAUCUGGUCUAUUGCCUGCGUCGUCUUCGAGCUGCUGACUGCCGAGUACCUGUUUGACCCGCAGAGCCAGGGUGAACUGUUUGGCAAGGACGACGACCACUGCGCGCAGAUCAUCGAGCUGCUCGGCACCUGGCCGGAGAGCGUCCUUUGGGGUGGGCGGUACAGCCGCGAGAUCUUCGACAGUAAUGGUCACCUGCGGUACAUCCGUAAUUUGAAACCUUGGCCUCUGAGGCGUGUCAUGGUCGAGAAAUACGGCUGGUUGGAGAAGGACGCGGGGGUGGUGUGCGAGUUCCUGCUUCCAAUGCUCGAUAUCGACCAUCACAGCCGUGCUCAUGCGAGGGACAUGGUUAAUCAUCCGUGGCUGGAGGUCAAUCUCGAAGACCUCCAUCGCGCGAAAGACUGGUGAACGAACACUCACCACGCGACUGCUUUGCCGGCCAUCCCACGACAAGAUGGUCGUCCGACUCAUCCCUGCAACCCGCCCUGACUCCUUCACAUUCUACCAAAUUACGUGUCCGGACGUGGUUACGGCGUGGCGGUCGCAAGCGAGAUGCGCGCAGCUGUUCACUACUUUAUACGAUGAGGUGACGAAUGAUGUUUGAGUCUAGGCGCCUCUGAAACGGGGCACCUGGUCUCUCCCGAGGCGCCUGACCAGUCCGGUUGCCAACGCACCCCGUCUCGCCGACCGUCGCGGUCACAUCGUACACUGUCCAGACAGUGGUCGUCAUACCCAUCAUCCUUUCUACACGUCACUUUCUCACGCAUGACUCCAUCGCAUAUUCUCCAUCGCAUAUUCGCCAUGCACACACCCGACAUGCUCGCCCCUAUCCAUCGCAAUGUUGUCCCUUCCUAUUGUUCUCUGCAUUUUCCCGCAUCCUCCUCCUCCGCUUUAUUACGUUCUGGGGCCUUUGGGGUAGCGGUUCAACCGCCUGUUGUUUCAUUUGCUAUCUAUUCCCGGCUGUCUUAUGCUAACCUAGCCCUAAUCUUACCUCUAAGAUUUUGGGCGCCGCCGCGCAGGCGUGCUGCGCCCUGUAGAUUCUAGAUUACGCUUGCUUCAUUCGCUGUAGUAUUACAUGUUUACAAUCACCACACAUACCCAUUUUCUCGCCGCCUUCGUCGAUCAUGCACUUUCCCUUUUUACGUGCUGCCGCGCUACCCAACCCUUCUUCCCGUCCAUCUCCGUGUUCAUUCACGCCUGAUUGCGCGCGCAUCCUUGUUAACUUACACGCGUUUCUUGUCUGUAAUACUUCUCAUGUCUUCCCCACACAGACUCUCACGAUCCCGUCACGGUAGUCAUGUCUCCUCAGAUACGUCUAUCAUCAUGCGCACCUGCUUCAUGUCCCUUCACGUUCACGU